AAGCAUGCAUAUGAGAAGUUGAACAAGUGUGAUAUUUACCAAGGAAGCUGGGUUUACGACGAUUCUUAUCCUCUUUAUGAUUCAAGUCUCUGCAACUUCAUAGAGAAUGCGUUCAAUUGCCAAAAAAAUGGUCGACCCGACAAACACUAUCUCAAAUACAGAUGGCAGCCCUCUUCAUGCAAGUUACCAAGAUUUGAUGUCGAAGAUUUAUUGGAAAGAUUGAGAAACAAGCGCAUCAUGUUUGUUGGAGACUCGCUAAGUUUGAACCAGUGGCAAUCUCUCACAUGUAUGGUUCAUGCAGCCUCACCACAAUCUGAAUACACUAUUGAAAGAACAGGAAGCAUCUCUACAAUGAAAUUCCUGAGUCACAAUGCUUCUUUGAUGCUUCAACGCAAUGCGUUUCUUGUUGACAUUGUAGAAGAAAGACAGGGGUGGGUUUUGAAGCUAAACUCCAUUGAUCAUAAUGAUCAGAAAGCAUGGAAAGACUCUGAUGUAUUGAUUUUCAACUCAUGGCAUUGGUGGCUUCACACAGGAAGGAAACAACCGUGGAAUUUUAUUCAAGAUGGAGAUAAUUUACAUGAAGACAUGGAUCGCCUUGUUGCUUAUGAGAAAGCCUUGAAAACAUGGGCUCGAUGGGUAGACAAAAAUGUCGAUCCUACCAAAACCAAAGUGUUCUACCAAAGCUUUUCACCUACUCAUUGGAAUUCAACUGGUUGGGGGUACCCUGAAGGGAAGAAUUGCAGCAGCGAAACACAACCACUAAUAGCGCCACCGUAUCCAAGAAGCCGGCACCCGGCAGAACUGAUUGUGGAAAGAGUAUUGAGCAACAUGUCAAAGCCGGUCGGUUUGCUCAAUGUAACAGCAUUGUCACGGCUACGGAAAGAUGCACACCCAUCCAUAUAUGGCAUCGGAGGGCACCACGGCAUGGACUGCAGCCACUGGUGUCUAGCUGGAGUUCCUGAUACUUGGAACAAUCUUUUAUACGCUGAGCUCAUUCGAAUUUAG